GUAAUCCUGAGGCGGCGUCUCCCGCGGACUGUGAUUUAAGAGGUAGAACUUUCUGAUUAAUUAAGACAGCCACUGCGGUCUGUGCGUGUUGGCAGCUGUAGGUUAAAAUUCCUUUACAAGUAAGGGCGAAAAUGCUUCUCAGGCUCCACUGGGACACGGAUAGAGCAGGGUGAAGCCAGGGAGCUGCUGAGUUCCCGUCCCUGAAUAGAAACGGUGGGGGCGCAGCUUCAGCCGCCCUGUGUACUUCGUAGAUAAACCUAAUCAGUCGGGCGCUGGAGGUGCGCCCUGUUUAUCUCGAUGUGGCUACCUGGAUCUGAACUAAAUCCUGCCUAACCAGUAUAUUAUAGAGUGAGGUAGAACUCGUUCUGGAAUACCUCCUGGGAGCAAUUAGAUAUGCUGAAUUUCGGCCCCUGCCCAGAUCUGUUGUUUUAGAAUCUGCAUUUUAACAAGAUCCUUGGGUGGUCCUUGUGCACACUUACGUCAUAGACCUGUAGUGGGCAGGGGGAUGGAGUUGUGCAAAAUCAGUCUCCAGGUGCUGGACCCAAGAGUAGUGUUUGUAACACUUGGCCUCAGUGGUGUCGACGGGCUGUCGGGGAGCCGGGUGGGAGACCAGUGUAUAUCCUUAACGCUUGAACAUGUGUGCGCCAUGGUUCAGCCACUUGGGAAUCUUUUUCCUCGCGUCUGACCGCCCCUGGGUUUGCAUGUCCGAGCAAGGGCUUUUGGUCUGCGGACCACACUGGAAUGAGCAGGUAAGGCAGCAGGAUGAUAAAACCCAAGCAAGGAGUUCAGACCACUAAGAUGACCGGGCUCCACUCUUUAGAUUCUACUCUAAAUAGAGAGUAGAGGAGAGGGACAGUUGAUGAAGCCUCUUGAAAACCCUCGUCUCGAGAAUUUGAAACUGUUAAAAAACUCUUAAAUUGUAGUACUUUAUAUAGGCUUUGCUCCCCAAACUAGUAUCUCAUGUAACAGAGGAUGCAAGACAAACAGAUACUGUGUCUACAACAGGCUCAGGGAAACUGACUUUUCACAAUUCUACGGUUCUAAAACUAAGAAUGUGCUUUAACGAAUUCGCUGCACAUACCGAAGUCUGCGGACAGCUUUAUUCUGUGGUUGAUGGUAGAUUAAUGUUUUUCCUAUUUUAAAACAUUUAAACACUACUUCCCCUCAUUCUUUCUCAGAUAAGAGAGCAGUGUUAGAUCAAAUACAGGUCUCAAGAAAUGAAGUUAUUAAAAACAGGGGAAGGAAAAUCCUUUUAAUAUCUCCACCCAGACCUCCAGGGAUGUUUGCAAAUUGUAAAUACUGUUACGACAGUUUAUAGCAAACUACUUUUGCCUGGAGCACUGUGAACAGGGCCUAGUCUCUAGUGCCGAUCAGCAGCGCCUCUCCCCGGCCCGCCUUCUGCUUCCGGGAACGCUCCUCGCCCCAGCCCCGCCCAGAAGGACGAUUCGUUACCUACCUGGAGUGUCUUCGACUGUGGGCAUCCCCCGCUGUUCUUUAAGCCACACAAAGCUGCACCCGAGCUUGUUUGACGUCUGCUCUGUCGAGUGUCCAUGAUGUUGGGCCCUGAGGGAGGUGAAGGCUUUGUGGUCAAGCUCCGUGGCCUGCCCUGGUCCUGCUCUGUUGAGGAUGUGCAGAAUUUCCUCUCCGACUGCACGAUCCAUGACGGGGUCGCAGGUGUUCAUUUUAUCUACACUAGAGAAGGCAGGCAGAGUGGUGAGGCUUUUGUUGAACUUGAAUCAGAAGAUGAUGUAAAAUUGGCCCUUAAAAAAGACAGGGAAAGCAUGGGACAUCGGUACAUUGAAGUGUUCAAGUCCCACAGAACCGAGAUGGAUUGGGUGUUGAAGCACAGUGGUCCAAACAGUGCUGACACUGCCAACGAUGGUUUCGUGCGACUUCGAGGACUCCCGUUUGGAUGCACCAAGGAAGAGAUCAUUCAGUUCUUCUCAGGGUUGGAAAUCGUGCCAAACGGGAUCACAUUGCCUGUGGACCCCGAGGGCAAGAUUACAGGGGAAGCCUUUGUGCAGUUUGCCUCACAGGAGUUAGCAGAGAAGGCCCUAGGGAAGCACAAGGAGAGAAUAGGGCACAGGUAUAUUGAGGUGUUCAAGAGCAGUCAGGAAGAAGUUAGGUCAUACUCGGAUCCCCCACUGAAGUUCAUGUCAGUGCAGCGGCCAGGGCCCUAUGACCGCCCUGGCACAGCCAGGAGGUAUAUUGGCAUCGUCAAGCAGGCAGGCCUGGAGAGGAUGAGGUCUGGGGCCUACAGUGCAGGCUAUGGGGGUUAUGAGGAGUACAGCGGCCUCAGUGAUGGCUACGGCUUCACCACCGACCUGUUUGGGAGAGACCUCAGUUACUGUCUCUCUGGGAUGUAUGAUCACCGGUAUGGAGAUGGCGAGUUCACUGUCCAGAGCACCACUGGACACUGCGUCCACAUGAGAGGGCUGCCCUACAAAGCUACAGAGAACGACAUUUACAACUUCUUCUCCCCGCUCAACCCUGUGAGAGUCCACAUUGAGAUUGGCCCUGAUGGAAGAGUGACCGGCGAAGCUGAUGUUGAGUUUGCCACUCACGAAGAAGCCGUGGCAGCCAUGUCCAAAGACAGGGCCAACAUGCAACAUAGAUACAUAGAACUUUUCUUGAAUUCCACAACUGGGGCCAGCAAUGGGGCAUAUAGCAGCCAGAUGAUGCAAGGCAUGGGGGUGUCAACCCAGUCCACUUACAGUGGCCUUGAGAGCCAGUCUGUGAGUGGCUGUUACGGGGCUGGCUAUGGUGGCCAGAACAGCAUGGGUGGAUAUGACUAGUUUUGUAGUAGCUUUUGAGUUAUUUCAGUCAAAUUUUCACAGGCAGCCAACAAGCAGUGAAAAGCAGUUACUAUUCUAGAGAAAGCUAUGGGACCCAUUUUGCACCAUGAGUUUGUGAAAUCUGGAUUAAAAAAUUACCUCUUCAGUGUUUUCUCAUGCAAACUUUCUUCUAGCAUGUGAUAUUGAGUAAACUAAAACUAUUUUCAGCUUUUCUCAAUUAACAUUUUGGUAGUGUACUUCUGGAGUGAUGUUAUCUGAGUUUAAAGUAGUUUUAAGUAUGUUAAAUGUGGAUCUUUUACACCACAUCAUUGUGAACACAUUGGGGAGGUGUGCUUUUUUGGAAAACUCAAGGUGCUAGAUCCCUAAUUCAAAGAGGACAUUUCUCAUGUUUGUUCAUUCUAGUUUAUUUUCAUUUAAAAUCUCUUAGGUUAAGUUUAAGCUUUUUAAAAGUUAGUUUUGAAAUUUGAGACACAUUACUAAUACUGUAGGAAUUGGUGAGGCCUUGACUUAAAAAAACUUUCUUUGUACUGUGAUUUCCUUUCGGGUGUAUUUUGCUAAGUGAAACUUGUUAAAUUUUUUUGUUAACUAAAUUUUUUUCUUAAAAUAAAAAGACUUUUUCACAAUGA